AUGGGCUUCCUCAGACAUCGAAAGCGCAACUCGUCCGACGUGGAGUCUGCCGCUGCCACAUCCGACUCCUCGGCGGCGGAGAAGCCAGAUCCAUAUGCAGAUGGCGACGAGUACGAGCUCCUGCUAAGGUAUGCCAACGAGCAGGCCGCAAAGCUUUCGCACAGCGGAGAAGACGACCGAGAUGAAGAGCAGCCCGAAUAUCGUCGCCUCUGGUAUGCACCAUGGAAAAAAGUCAAGAAGCAGAGUCUCAAAGAAAAGAAGGUUGGGCCCUCCAUUCCCGAAGACUGGCUUCAGACGGACAUGACACGAGGCUUGUCCGACAGCGACGUAGAGUCACACCGUCAAGGCUAUGGAUACAACGAGCUCUCCAGUCCACACGAGAAUCAGUUCCUCAAGUUUGUCUCCUACUUCCGCGGGCCUAUCCUCUAUGUUAUGGAGAUCGCCGUCAUUCUUUCCGCCGGUUUGCGCGAUUGGAUCGACUUUGGUGUUAUCAUUGGGAUCCUCUUCAUGAAUGCUGGCGUGGGAUGGUACCAGGAAAAGCAAGCGGGUGACAUCGUCGCCCAGCUUAAAGCCGGUAUCGCAAUGCGAACAACAAUCAUUAGAAACGGGAAGGAAUCCGAGAUCGAGGCGCGUGAACUUGUCGCGGGAGAUAUCGUCAUCUUGGAGGAAGGAAGCACAAUUCCAGCUGAUGCUAAGAUUUUGGCCAACUAUGACGACAAAGAUGGAUCCAAGUCAAGAGCGACGCGCGAACGAGUGGAAAAAUCUGACCAGGAGCAGAAAGCUGAUGGCAACGACGACGCCGCAUCUACCGAUGGCGACGGUGGAGACGUUGACAAAGGACCCUCCCUGUGUUCUGUCGAUCAAAGCGCCAUCACUGGAGAGUCCCUAGCCGUGGAAAAAUUUGCCGGAGAUGUUGCGUAUUACACCUGCGGCGUCAAGAGAGGAAAGGUGUUGGCUGUCGUUACCUGUGCAGCACCCCAGUCUUUCGUCGGCAAGACGGCGGCUCUAGUAACAAGCUCCCAUGACGUUGGUCACUUCCAGAUCGUUCUCGGCGGUAUCGGAACCACGUUGCUCGUGCUUGUUAUUGCAUUCAUCUUUAUUGUGUGGAUCGGAGGAUUUUUCAGGGGAAUUGGUAUAGCAACCCCCAAGGAGAAUAGCUUGCUCGUCUACGCCUUGAUUUUCUUCAUUAUCGGGGUGCCGGUUGGAUUACCAUGUGUUACGACAACCACGAUGGCUGUCGGAGCUGCGUACCUCGCCCGCCGCAAAGCUAUUGUCCAAAAGUUGACUGCCAUCGAAUCUUUGGCCGACAAGACUGGCACGUUGACCGCGAACAAGCUGUCACUGAACAACCCUUACAUCGCGCCGGAUGUCGAUCCUGCCUGGUUCAUGACUGUCGCGGUUCUUGCAUCGUCACACAACAUAAAGUCCCUUGAUCCGAUCGACAGGGUUACGAUCAUAGGCCUGAAGGAUUUCCCAAAAGCACAAGAGAAUCUGCGAGGCGGGUGGACAACGCAUCAGUUCACACCUUUUGAUCCGGUAUCAAAACGUAUCACUGCGGAGGUCGAGAGAGAUGGCAAGCGGUACACAUGCGCUAAGGGAGCUCCGAAUGCCAUCCUGAAGCUUGCCAAAUUUCCCCAAUCCACUGUCACUCAAUACAGGAGUACCGCUCAAGAAUUUGCACAGCGCGGGUUCCGCAGCUUAGGUGUUGCGGUGAAGGAGGACGAGAAUGAAUGGGAGCUGCUCGGCAUGUUGUGCAUGUUUGAUCCGCCCCGUUCAGAUACAGCUGCCACGAUCCGCGAGGCUAUAGAUUUGGGUGUUCACAUCAAAAUGCUCACCGGAGACGCUGUCGCUAUCGCCAUCGAAACUUGCAAACAACUAUCGUUGGGAACGAAUGUGUAUGAUUCGGAGCGUCUCAUCGGAGGCGCCAUGUCAGGCUCUGAUGUCAGAGAUUUUAUUGAGGGGGCUGACGGGUUUGCUGAAGUAUUCCCUGAGCACAAGUAUCAGGUCGUGUCUAUGCUUCAGGAGCGAGGCCAUCUCACAGCCAUGACCGGAGAUGGCGUCAACGACGCGCCUUCAUUGAAGAAGGCAGACUGCGGUAUUGCUGUCGAGGGUGCUUCAGACGCUGCUCGUAGCGCUGCUGAUGUGGUGUUUUUGGACGAAGGCCUGAGUACAAUCAUUACAAGUAUCAAGGUCGCCCGACAGAUCUUCCAUCGCAUGAAGGCUUACAUCAUAUACAGAAUCGCACUUUGCAUUCACCUCGAGGUUUAUCUGAUGCUUUCUAUGCUCAUUCUCAAUGAGACCAUCCGUGUGGACUUGAUCGUAUUUCUUGCUAUAUUUGCAGACGUUGCAACUAUUGCCAUCGCCUACGACAAUGCUCCCUUCGAACGAAAGCCAGUGGACUGGCAGCUUCCGAAAGUGUGGAUUAUUUCGACAAUCAUGGGUAUUCUACUGGCUGCAGGCACAUGGAUCGUCCGCGGCACGCUAUUCCUCAAGUCUGGAGGAAUAGUUCAGAAUUUCGGCAGUGUUCAGGAAGUGCUUUUCUUGGAAGUCGCUUUGACGGAAUCUUGGAUCAUCUUAAUCACUCGUCUUUCGCAAGGACCGGACUCCGGACCGUUCGUUUGGCCUAGUUGGCAGCUACUCGCUGCUGUCUUCGGAGUUGAUGUUCUGGCUACCAUCUUUGCUUUAUUUGGAUGGAUAUCUGGCCCGGCUCCUCAUAGUGGAUGGAUAAGCAUUGUUGCUGUCGUCAGGAUCUGGCUCUUUGCUUUCGGAGUCACCGUGGUCGUAGGAAUUGCAUACCUUCUUUUAAACAAAAUCAAGUGGCUCGAUAAUAUAGGACGACGCAAUCGGAGCUCCAAGAAUUCAAAACUGGAGAAUUUCCUUACUGAGAUGAGGCGGAUGACACUUAUUCACGAACGCGACUCGCACGGCGAAGACUUUUAUAGAUUUGGGGCUGCUUCAAGUGAACACGAGGAUACUUCAAAGACGUCAAAGGCAAAAGACCAAGGUUCACACGACAAUGCAGCCAAUGGGAAGACAAACGACAAGGGGAAGCAAGAUCAGAAGCAAGAGCCAAGCAACGGCAAGAAGCAGCAGCAGGAGAAACGAGAGUCAGACAACGGAAAAGAACAGCAGCUUUAG